UCCCCAAUUCCGGAAUUCUCCCUGGUGGUUACCCACCUGCCUGCUCUCCCCAGCCGGGCCCCGCCCCACACGUGCCAGAGAGGGAGGAGGAAAGGCCCAGCUUAAAUGUCCGAGGUGGAGGUCGGGGGAAGGGAAAGCAAGUCGGAGCCUCCGGGAGCCAAACUUCUCGGCAGCCUGAGAGGGUGAAGAGAAAACGCAGCAGCCGAGAGCCCUGAUUCUCGGGAGCCUCCCACUUCGCCUCCCGCAGCGAGGAGGGCGCAGAGACUCCGCUGGGGGCGGAGGAGGAGGCCGGGAGGCGGGGAGGGGGGAGGCAAACCCUGCCCACUCGGCUCCGAGCCCAGGCGGCCGCGGAAGUCGGAGGCCGGCGCACAGGGCGAGGGCACCGGGGGCGGGGGGCUCCGCUCCCCAUCUGACCCCUCUCGCCCCCGGCCAAUCAGCCAGUAAGUGCGGCUCCGCGGACUUUCGGGACAGCGAACAGACCGACAGGGACUGCCAGCCGCUCCGGGUCAAGGACUCGCCCCACCCGUGCCCCCCACCAGGCGCUCCCAACUCACUGGUGAGCGCGGCCGCCCAGGCGCUGGAUGCGGGGACGGCCACGAUGGCCCCGCGCGCGGGACAGCCGGGGUUCCAGGGGCUGCUGAUCGUGGCGGCGGCCCUGAGCCAGCCCGCGGCACCCUGUCCCUUCCAGUGCUACUGCUUCGGCGGCCCCAAGGUGCUGCUGCGCUGCGCGUCGGGCGCCGAGCUCCGCCAGCCUCCACAGGACGUGCCACCCGACGCGCGCAACCUCACCAUCGUGGGCGCCAAUCUAACGGUGCUGCGCGCGGCCGCCUUCGCCGGCGGGGACGCGGACGGGGACGGAGACCAGGCGGGCGUCGUGCGCCUGCCACUCCUUAGCGCGCUGCGCCUCACGCACAACCACAUCGAGGUGGUGGAGGACGGCGCCUUCGACGGGCUGCCCAGCCUGACGGCGCUCGACCUCAGCCACAACCCGCUGCGCGCCCUGGGCGGCGGCGCCUUCCGCGGGCUGCCCGCGCUGCGCUCUCUGCAGCUCAACUACGCGCUGGUGCGGGGCGGUCCCGCGCUGCUGGCCGCGCUGGACGUCGCGCUGGCCCCGCUGGCCGAGCUUCACCUGCUGGGCCUGGCUGGCAACGCGCUGAGCCGCCUUCCGCCCGCCACGCUGCGCCUGGCGCGCCUGGAGCAGCUAGACGUGCGCUUCAACGCGCUUGCCGGCCUGGGCCCCGACGAGCUGCGCGGGCUGGAGCGCUAUGGCGGCCUCUCAGGGCCGCGCCUGCUGCUCGCCGACAACCCCCUGCGCUGCGGCUGCGCCGCGCGCCCCCUGCUGGCCUGGCUGCACAACGCCACGGAGCGCGUGCCCGACGCGCGGCGCCUGCGCUGCGCCGCUCCGCGGGCGCUCCUGGACCGGCCGCUGCUGGACCUGGACGGGGCGCGGCUGCGCUGCGCGGACAGCGGCGCCGACGCUCGCGGGGAGGAGGCCGAGGCCGCCGGCCCAGAGUUGGAAGCCUCCUACGUGUUCUUCGGGCUGGUGCUGGCGCUCAUCGGCCUCAUCUUCCUCAUGGUGCUCUACCUAAACCGCCGCGGCAUCCAGCGCUGGAUGCGCAACCUGCGCGAGGCGUGCCGGGACCAGAUGGAGGGCUACCACUACCGCUACGAGCAGGAUGCAGAUCCGCGCCGCGCGGCAGCGCCCGCCGCGCCCGCCGGCUCCCGCGCCACCUCCCCGGGCUCCGGGCUCUGAGCGGCUCCCCCGGGCUCGGGACUACCCCUGCCUGGCCCGAAGCCGUGGAGAUGAGACGCCCGCAAGCCCGGAGCUUGGAGACCUUCCCCCGACUCGGAGGCUCUAAGCUGUACCCUCUCGUCCCGGUCUCCGAGAGCUCCCACCGUCAAAGACCCAGAGAUAGCCCGUCCGAAUCCAGAAACUCCUCCCGCCCACCCUAGUUUCUGAAACCUCCCUCCUGGACCACCCAAAGUACGUUCCCCGUCUCGGGGCUCACACAGAGACUCUGUCCUUCAAGCCCAGAGCUCUGAGACCUGCCCCCACCCCCCUGUGCUUGGAGUCCCAGCACCCGAGACUGCCCAGACCCCCACCGCCAGUUCGGAGCCCUCAGUCCCCUCCGGGGCUCCUGGGCCCUCCCAUUCCAUUCUGGUCUCGAAGCACAGCACCCCCAUUAGGAGGGGUUUGUGCACUCCAUCCUACAUGGAGGCCGAACGGUGGGGCUCAGAGGAUUGGGCACCCUCCCCUCAUCUGAUGAUAUAUUAAGUACCCCUGCCUCCCCCUUCACCCACCCCUGCCUCUGGCUCAGGGCCUCCCUUCCUCCGCCCAGGCAUGGGGGCAUGGGGCUCAGCUCCUAGUCUGUCUCUCCCAUCCCAGGGACAAGCACACCCCGUCUAGCCUCAGUAUGGAGCCGACUCUUACUCAGCCUUUCCCACCGGGGCGCUGACCUCCCGAUACCCAGUGCCUGUCCCCAGUCUCAAACUCUCAGCUCUUCAUCCCGCCCAAGGUUUAGGCUCUUGGCUCCCCUAUUGCCAAUGCUGGCACUCAGCACCCACCCCUGCCAUUCACUAGUGAAGGUGCAGUGAGCAAUCUGUCCCUGGGAUGUCCUCAUCCCCUUUUCCUCCCAGGACGAGCUUUUCAGUCCUGCCAGACAGGUGCAGGUGCCAUGCACCCCCAGUGCAUACUGGCAGAUCCUUGUGGGGAAGGAGAGAGGCUUGGGUGUGUGAAAGGGAUAGCGAGGUAUCAUGGCCUCGGAGAGGGGCAGGGAGUGAGCUCUGAAGGGCUGGAAGCUCCUGCCCUCCGAUUUCUCCUUGCUCUUUCCUACCAUGUGGCUCUUUGCCCCUGGGGAUUCCUUGCCGCUGCCGCUGCCACCACCACCACCUCACCCCGUGUAUCUUCUGGAAGAGAAGGGGGUCUUGCCUCCUGCCUCAGGUACAAGCCCUCUUGGUUCGGGGUCAGAACCUCAUCACCCUGCCUGCUCCAAUAUCCCAAAGCACAAUUGGUGAGUGGGGGAGACACCCCCUCUCCCUGACUCCCCACUCCCUAGGUGAGGCAGAAUGGCUGGCCCGUGCAGCGUCUGCACACAGGAAGUCACCCUUCCUUUAAUAUAUUGGCGUGAAGCCUGCCUUCCUUCCCCCUACCCAGAAAAUCUGGAUCUCCCCCGAGCAGUUUUCUAUAAAGUCUGCAAUAAUCUCAGAUACUCUA